AUGACUGAAGCAACUGAAAGCGAGCAACAAGAACGUCACUUACAGAUAACUGGUGAAAAGCGCUCUGUGCCCUCGCUGAAGAAAUUCGAUUCCAGAUCGAGCGCAGUUUCGUCGAUGCCUGCACCAGGAAGAUUUGAUGAGCCAGCAAAGAAGAAUUCUUCAACAGGCGAAAAGGACUUUUACGGUAAUUCAAGUAACGACGAAGAAAUUGAAGCGACUGACUCGCCGCCUGUCAACGCUAGCAAUAAUGAAGCAUCCGGGUCCUCGUCUCCUAUUCCAGACGUCACUAGAUCACUGGUAAACAUGGAGCCGUUAACAUCGAGACCGGAAUCACUGAAGAACUCGUCAAUAGAAAAAGCAGCUUCGUCAAAGCUCAGUUUCCAGGAGAUAAUCGCAAAGACAUCCACAGAAGAGCUUCGUCGGGUGUUGAGUCAAGCAAGCAAGAAGACAUCAAGAUCUGAUAUUAUCCAGCAAUUGGCUUCCUCGACGAAUUUCUCAUCACGCGACGCGAUUGACGAAGAAACUUCAAAUCAUUCCAAAGAUGAUCAGAUCUCAGUAAGAUCUUUGAGUAAGAAAUCAAGCAGCAUUCCACCUCACGACAAGACUUUCCUCGAAGACAAAAGCGUCUCCUCUCACAGCUCUAAAAUCGUUCAAGAAGACGACCAGAAAUCAACAUCCUCAAGACGCCUGUCGAAAGCCGAAUCCAUUGCUUCUAUCACUCACUCGUCAAAAGCAUCAAGAAGAAAAUCGAUCAAUUCGAAAGUUUCCAAUUCGCUUGAAAAUUCCUCAACUCAAAAUCAAAUAGAAGCGACAUCAAUCGUAGCGUCUCAGACAUAUCUCGAAGAAAAGGCAUCCUCUAGGACUCAAUCCGUGGCGGAAAAUAAGAGCCCCGCAGAUACUCCUCCCGAUAACGCUUCUACAAGAUCCUCUCGACAAAGUCAGCUUCGUGAAGAAAAUCAGACCUCUUCUGAAGAAGAAAGUGUUCCAAAGAAGCUUGUAAGCCAGCUCUUGGACGAAAUUCAGAGUGGCGACGAAGCAAACGAUAUUUCUUUUUCGGAAACUGAAGAGGCAAAAGAACGCGAAGAUCUAAAAGAAACACCGAGCAGCAAAAGAAGAAUAACUAGAGGCAAACUGCAGUCAUUCAUUUCGCAACAAGAAAUGUCAGUCAAAGGCGAAAGUGUCAAAAGUCAAACCAGUUCUACGCAACGAUCUUCCGCAGAACAACUAACCGAGCUUCUCUCAAAAGCUAGUGAAGUUGAGACUACUGAUAAUCAGCCCAGAAGUUCUAACUCGAUUGUUAAUUCCGUAAUUCGUGACCUGCUGAAAUUAUCAAAAGAAAAGCUCUCUGAAGUUGCAGUCUCGGAAAAAUUAUCUAAAGAAGAGAUACUAGAUCAAAAAACGGAGUCAUCGCCGUUGCUUCAAACUGGUGGUUCUUCUUCAAAGGCCUCUGGGAUGGAAGCAUCAUCAAGAGAGGAGGAUUUCAAGGUUCCACCAACGCCUAAGCCUUCCAGAUCGAUAACUCGCUUUGAUGCGCCUCGAAAGUCGGUGCCAGAAUCUGCUAUUGAUGUUCUCAGGCUAAUUCAAAAGCCCGAAGAUCUCCCCUCUGCCCCUGUCAACUCAAAAUCAAGCAUGAAUUCCGAAAGAAGCUCUCAAGGAGGCGAAUCUCAGAUGUCCGUCAUCGAUCCUGAAGCAUUGCGAACAAGGAGAAAGACAGUCCCUGAGUCUGCAAUCGAAGUUUUGAAGCUAAUUCAACAGCAGAAGGAUUUGCCUUCAACUCCGGCCAACUCGUUGAAUUCACAAAAUUCGCUUCUAAAAAGUCAAGAUUCAAGAAUCUCCCAGACUUUCCGUCAGGAUUCUACUCAAGUGGAAAGACGAAAAACUAUCCCGGAAUCAGCUAUCGAUGUCUUGCUCGAGCUCCAGCAGCCGAAUUCUUCCAAAUCUAGCAUGAAAUCGGACCAAGCUAGCGAUCCUGACCUUCACAAGUCCAAUGAAAAUGAGAGGAAAUCUACACCGGCGUCUGCGAGCAAUAGCGUUCAGGAAGUCCAAGAUAAUCGGAUUCCGUCGAGCGCAAAAUCUGAGGAACAUCUCAUGACAGACACUGAUGGGGAAGCUUUUUCUGACAGCGAAGAAGGAAAACUAAUUCAGAAAACAUCAUCGACAGGGCAGCGACGCAUUACUCGAGGAAAGCUUCACUCUUUCAUUAAAUCAAAAGAGCUUCUGGCUACUGCCUCUAAUGUCAGCGCUGCUUCUAACGGAAACAAUUCAAAAAAACCUUCUCGUCUUUCGAAUGCGCAAAGUAAUGUUUCCGUCCCGACGUCUAGGAAGAGCGAACAUCAAUCCGACAAAGCUUUACUUGACGAGUCAGCGGAAAAUGAGCAAAUCGAUGAUUCUACCGAAGAUAUGAUCAUGGAGGUAGAUACAGCAAAUUCUUCUGACAUUCAAACAGCACCGACCGCUCUGGAAACUGUUAGACCUUCUCCGUCUCAUAGCAAAGCCUCCACGAAUCUUCUGGAAGAACAAUCUGAAAUCAAGAAUAUGAACUCUUCACAUAUUCAGAGCAAAAUUUCCCUUGGAAGCCGCCCUACUAAAUCUGAGGAGCGAUUGUCUUCGCAGCAUAAAGCGAGCACGACGUCAAUUGUCUCGGAAAGUGCGAUUAUUAAUAAUGAUGAUGAUUCUUCAUCAUUAAAAUUCAUCGAAAAUGACAUGAAAGAAUCGGACAACCCACAUUCUACUCCCAGCAAAAUCUCACAAACCAGUGAAAUUUCGAUCAAAGAUCCAUUGGCGACAUCCAGUAGAAUCUCUCAUAAAAGCAAAGUAUCAGAAAUGUCUCAUAACUCGGUCAAAUCUCAAGGCUCUACGACGAAGUCCAUAUCAGAAGAUAUUUAUGACGCUUUUAUGAAAAAAAUUAUGAGAGAAUUGAUGGAAGAUGCUCAUGAAGAAGAAACCGGUAUUCCAAAAGAAGAACAUUCAGACAUCUCAAGCGCUGAGUCGUCAACUUCCGUCAAGAAAUCAUCAUCAACAGUCAGUAGAAUUUCUACACGAAGACGAAGCUCGAAAGUAUCGAAAGAAUCGAUCAAGUCUCGUCGCUCAUCAACUCGGUCCCAAAGAUCUAGCGAAGAAAAUCCUCAAGCUAGAACUACCAGCUCCAUCGCUAAUUCUUUUGUCCGUCAUGUUCUCGACGAUGCGAAACAAAAUUUGCGAGAGGGAAAUGAUGUGAACAUUGAACAAGAUUACACGCGCGAAGAAGUUAUCCGAGAACUCGAUGAUCCGAAGUCUCCUUUCGGUAAACAUCUCCAAAUUGGCGAGAAAGCUAUUCUCCGAAAUCAACUGAACGUCUCCCUGUCACAAAAAUCCACAACCAUCAAGGAUUCCGUUCACGGAACAAUCGAGCUUCAUCCCUUGGCCGACGCUCUUCGCAAGACCCCAGAAUUCGCGAGAAUGAAGUACAUUAGUCAACUCGGCACGGUAGAUUAUGUCUACCCCUGUGCAACUGGCAAUAGAUACAUCCACUCCCUUGGAACUUAUCAUCUAACGCGCAAGAUGCUAGAGAAAAUUGUAGCAAAUAACCCCGAUGCGAUCAAGGACGCUAACAUUGAUCGAGAAAAAGAUCUUUUAAUCGUUCAGGAACGAGAUUUCGAAAGCUCAAAGAUUGACGCACACAGUUACCAAAAAAAGACAAUGCGCAUAGCUUCUCAUAUGCGAGCAAUUGUGAAACACAUCUUUGAAACGAACGAAGAUGUGAAAGCUAAAUGGGCAGAGUAUGGAAUGCAACCCAUCGAUCUGGAGUUCUUGAUCGAGUUAAUUGAUCCGACGCCUUUGAAGGGACUGAAGGAUAACGCACCCUGGCCGAUGAAAGGACGUCCUGAAUCGCAUGCUUUCUUGUACGAGAUAGUUUCAAACAAAAAGGGGGGCAUUGAUACGGAUCGCAUGGACUAUCUGAAGCGGGAUACUCUUAUCUGCAAAGGAAACGACUUCGACGUUGAGUACGAGCGUAUCUUCGCCAACAUUAGAAUCAACCACUGCAAGACUAAUCUCGGCCGAACUCUCCUUUGUUACCACAAGAAAAUCGCCGACGAUUGCUGGAACAUUCUCCUCCAACGGGACAAAAAUCAUCGAGAAAUCUAUCAGCAUAAGAAAGCCCUUGCCGCAGAACAGCAACUCGCCCUUGCCUUGGACUUGGUCAAAGACACUCUUCGCCAGAAAGGAUCUGAUAAGCGCUGGUACACAAUGUGCGAAUCGAUCUUUGAUAUGACUGCCUACUGUAAAUUUACGGAGCUUUACGUAAGAUCGGCUAUAUCGAGUCCUGACGAGAGAAUCGAGGCAAUCCAAAGUUCUCAUCCUAAAACAGGCGAGCUCCAGGAGAGAAAUAAUGUGAUUCGCAAACUUGGGCGCGCCAAGGAGAUCAUGGAAGAUCUCGACGAGCAGCGAAUUUGGCAAUGCGUCGGAAGAGCAAAGUUUGAGACGAAAGACAAGGCAACAAACUUCUUCUUCGAGCGUGAAUCGUUGGUUAACAAAAUGUGCAAGGAGAUCCAGAACCUUGAAGCAAUCAAAGAGCAUCCCGAAGUGCAAGUUCAGCCUGGCCACUUCCAUGUUAGCCGAGGUCCGACCUUUAACAUGGGAAUGAAAGACAAGGAUCCCCUUGAGUACUUGCCUAUUUACGAGGACGGCAUCAGCGACUAUAGCGAGGGAAAGGGUCAAAGCUUUUUCCGAACGAUGAACAUUUCGUCAGAGUACUGCAUCAGCUUUUUUGUUGAAACUGAGACGUAUCUGAACGAAGCGAAGAUGAUCUUCACUCGUCUAAUGAAAGAAGAGAAAAUCAAGCAAGAUCACAUCAGUGAAGACUUCACGAUGACCCCAGACGCUCGACGAAACAAGCGACCAUGCUCUCCAAGCAAUUUCAACGAUUCCGGCGCUCCAUCUACUUCUCGCCGCAAAAUAGACUUUUAA